AUGCCCUUCUUCUACUCCAAACCCAUCGGCGGCCGCAACUUCGGCACCAGCGUCCAUGCCGACCGUCAUGGCGUUCGCCGCGGUCCUUGGCGCUUCCGUAUCGGCCGUUUCCAUUGCUUCAGAUAG